CUUUGACUCUUUGGUAAGUGUGAGAACUGAAAAGUACAUUUACAAUAGAACGAACCCUCUUCUCUUUCACUGUCUGCAUCUUGCACAACUAGCUAGUACAGCUUCCUCGUCUUCCUAAGAUUCUUGUCUGCAUAAUUUGCUUCCAUCUUCUCUCAGUCUCACCUCAAGAUGCCAAUCAACAAAGAUCCAUCAACACCUCCGCCUGUCAUCGGAAAGAUCGGGCCUUACACUGUCUUCAUGACUCCUCCGGCGACUCCAAAACCACCUGACUCUCCUGCCGCCGUGUCUCAGAAGGCUAUCGUUCAACCGCCGGUUCUUCCUCCGCCGCAGCAGUUUAAAUCAUUGGCUUCCUCGGAACAAGACGGCUCGGUUUUGGGUUUCCUCAAAAACGCCGCCACAAAGGUUCAAAAUGCACAUUCAAGCGUGGAUGAUCAUUUGGUGAGAUGGUUUGGGUUAAACCAAUCUAAGUACCAGUGGGCUUUGGACGAGUAUUACCAAGGCAAAGAUUCAGAAGUGAAGUGCGUGAAAGCAGAGGAUAUGCCAGGGAAAGUACAAAGCGUAUAAUAAGCGCAACCAUAUUUAUAUGUAUCGAAACUGUUUUUUCUGAGAGAGCUAAAAAGGAAAAGCUUGAGUCUUGAUGAAAGUUAUCUUCGAUCAUUGAAUUUAUUUUAACCUUGGAGAUAUCUUUUGGUAUAUUUGAGAAACUAUUGUAGUUCUUCAUUUGGUUUGUUGUAAGUUUAUAAUAUAUAUAUGAGGGUGAUGAUGUCUCGAUUAAAAACAAUGUAUCAAGUAACUAUUACUAAAUUGGAACCAAAAGUUUAUCGUA